CGGGAAGGCGGAAGUGACCAGCGGACGGCUUCCCGUACGCACCAUGGCGGCCGCGGCCGUCUCUCCCGCAAGGAAACGGCUGGAUCUGCGCGACUCCGCGGCGCUUUUCGAAACGCACGGAACGGAAGAGAUCCGCGGGCUGGAGCGCCAAGUCCGGGCGGAGAUCGAGCACAAGAAGGAGGAGCUGCGGCAGAUGGUGGGCGAGCGCUACCGCGACCUGAUCGAGGCGGCCGACACCAUCGGGCAGAUGCGCUGCUGCGCCGAGGGGCUGGUGGACGCCGUGCAGGCCACCGACCAGUACUGCGCCCGUCUCCGCCAGGCCGGCCCGCCGGCGCCGCCCCGGCCCCCGCAGGCCCCGCAGCUGCCUCAGCUGUCUGAGAAGUUCUACAGCAUGGCCGCCCAGAUCAAGCUGCUGCUGGACAUCCCCGAGAGGAUCUGGAGCUCCAUGGAAGCCUCGCAGUACCUCCGUGCCACGCAGCUGCACCUGCUCUGCUGCCACCUCCACGGCCUGCUGCAGCUGGAGCCAGGCGCUCCCUGCCAUAGUCCUGUCCUCUCCCGCUUUCCCAUCCUCAUCCGGCAGGUGGCAGCAGCCAGCCAUUUCCGGUCCACUAUUUUGUAUGAGAGCAAGAUGCUGCUCAAAGGCCAGGCUGUGUCUGACCAAGCUGUGGCCGAGGCCCUGUGCUCUAUCAUGCUCCUGGAGGAGAGUUCCCCGCGCCAGGCUCUCACCGACUUCCUGAUGGCCCGCAAGGCAGCAUUUCAGAAGCUGCUCAACCAGCCGCAGCAUGGUUCUGGCAUCAAAGCCCAGAUCUGCUCCUUGGUGGAGCUGCUGGCCACCACUCUGAACCAGGCGCACGUGCUGUUCUACACCAUGCCCGAAGGCCAGCUGCCAGAGCCGGCCCUGCCGUGCGGUUUGCUCUUCUCCACCCUGGAAGCCAUCACGGGCCACAGCCCAGCCGGAACGGGCGCUGGGGUCCUGCAGGGGGAGCUGCAGUCCUGCGGCUGGUUUAAGCACUUACCGGCUUCCAUCAUGCACUUCCAGCCAGCACUCCGAACCCUCGUGCAUCCCAUCAGCCAGGAGUACCUGAGAGACACCCUGCAGAAAUGGAUCCACAUGUGUAAGGAAGACAUCAAAAAUGGGAUCAGCAACUUGCUCCUGUAUGUAAAGAGCAUGAGAGGUCUCGCGGGGAUCCGGGAUGCCGUGUGGGAGUUGCUCGCCCACGGGGCCGCCAACCACAGCUGGGACGUGAUCUGCCGGCGGCUGCUGGAGAAGCCACUCUCACUCUGGGAGGACAUGCUGCAGCAGCUGUUCCUUGAGCGACUGCAGACUCUGACCAAAGAAGGCUUUGACUCCAUCUCCAGUAGCUCCAAGGAGCUCCUGGGGGCAGCUCUGCAGGAGCUAGGAAGCCCCGGCGGUUCUGCUUCCCAUAAGCACAUCCACUACGAGCAGAACAUGGCCCUGUUUCUGUGGUCCGAGAGCGCCAGCGACCUGCCUUCGGACGCUGCCUGGGUCACCGUGGCAAACCGCGCUCAGUUCGCCCACAGUGGCCUCUCCAUGAAGGCACAGGCUGUGAGCCCCUGCGUGCAGAACUUCUGCUCGGCCCUGGACUCCAGGCUGAAAAUGCAGCUGGACGACCUCCUGGCUUACCUGCCCUCCGAUGAGCCCUCCCCGCCCAGGGACGGUCCCCAGCCGCAGGCCAAGGGCCCUGCCUUUGACAGGUACGCAGACGCAGGCACUGUGCAGGACAUGCUGCAGGCUCACGCUGUGGCGUGCAUCAGGCACAUCAUGGACUGCAUCCAGGCCGAGCUACGGAGCACCGAGGAAGCCGUGCAGGGGCGGCAGGCCAGCCACAGCCAGGCCAGGCUGCACGCAGUCCUUUUCAUGGCCAGGCUGUGCCAAUCACUGGGAGAACUGUGCCCCCACCUGAAGCAAUGCAUUGUGGGAAACUCCAGGAGCCCUGAAACACCAGCCAGGGAGGCUCGGGUUCUGAAAAAAGCAACCAAGGGGAACAGUCAGGAUGGCAUUCCUGCGCAGGCCAAGUGGCAGGAAGUGAGAGAGAUGCUGCUGCAGCAGAGCGUGCUGGGCUACAGGACGUGGAGCACCACCGUCGUGAAGGUUUUGACGGAUGGAUUCACACAAUCCCUGCUUUCAGAGGAUGCUGGCUCCAUCCUGGCCACGGCCACCAACUGGGAUGAGCUGGAAAUCCAGGAGGAGACGGAGUCCGGCAGCAGCAUCACCUCCAAGAUCCGGCUGCCAACGCAGCCAUCCUGGUACGUGCAAUCCUUCCUGUUUAGUCUAUGCCAAGAAAUUAACCGCGUUGGAGGCCACGCCCUGCCCAAGGUGACGCUGCAGGAGAUGCUGCAGAGCUGUCGGGUUCAAGUAGUCGCUGCCUACGAGAGAUUCUCAGAGGAGAAAACGAAGAAGGAAGGAGCGUUCCCGGUCACCCAGAAUCGGGCACUGCAGCUGCUGUAUGACCUGCGCUACCUCAGCCUCGUCCUGACCACCAAGGGAGAAGAGGGCAAGAGUGGCCGAAGCAAACCGGACCCCAGACUUGAGAAAGUGACUGACCACCUGGAGGGCCUCAUUGACCCGUUUGACCUGGAUGUUUUCACACCACACCUCAACAACAACCUCUCCCGCCUGGUGCAGCGAACUUCUGUCCUGUUCGGGCUGAUUACCGCCACAGACAACCAGUUCACCUCGAGGAGCAGUACCUUCCUCUCCCAGGAGCCCCACAACAUCCUGCCCCUGGCGUCCACUCAGAUGAGAUUUGGGCUGCUUCCCCUGAGCAUGACAAGCAACCGCAAGGCUAGACUGAGCAGAAGCAUCCAAACACAAGCCCAGCAGGCCGACCCGCCGGCGCCCUCCGCAGCAGAAGACUCGAUGCACGCUGGCUCCUUGUUCAGACAGCUGGUCAAUGAGGAAGACGACACGGCUACGCCUUCAUUAUUCAAACUUGGCUGGCUGUCGAGUAUGACUAAGUAGCCUUUCUAAAUAAAUAAAUACUACCACGUCAGUUCUGAA